AUGGCUUUUCAGAUGGCGCCCGCGACGCCUCAGCGCCCUACUCCCGGCGCCUUUGUUAAUACUCCAGCACCGAACCGGCCUGGAUUCACACGAACAGGGUCAAUGUCGCAACCUCAGCAGCAGCAGCAGCAGCAAGCGCUGCCUGCACCGCCAGCAGAAAGCCCCAUCGAUCGCGCAUCGCGGACCAUAAACAGCAUGCUGGACAGGGACAAUCGGUUCCCAGCACUGGAGGCGUACAUAGGACAGGGCGUCACUGGUGAAUACGAGAUACCGCAAAGUCCAGCAUGGAUGCCCUUUCAGAAAUUGCGCUCCUACAAGCUCCCAGAGGCCGUGUUUGAGCAGGUCGACCAUACGCAAAUGUCGACGAGCAUGGGCCUGUUCGCCGAGAUCAACCACGCCUGGGUGGUCGUGGACAACCAGGUCUACCUUUGGGACUACACGCACCCGAACCCCGAGCUAGUCGGUUUCGAAGAGCAGCCCAGUAAUAUUACGUGCGUGAAGCUGGUCAAGCCGCGGGCCGGUGUCUUCGUCCCAAGCAUCGAAUACCUCCUCGUUGUCGCGACCGUGUCAGACAUUUUCCUCAUCGCCAUCGAAUGCCAACGGGGGCCUGAGGGUGUGCAUGGCAUCACAAUGUACCGGACGGGGCUGUCGACGUCGGUUAGGAAGAUCAACGUGACCGCCAUUGCCGGCUCGGCAGCAACAGGGCGCAUCUUCUUUGGCGACGGCCAUACAGAAGACGUAUACGAGCUGAACUACCAGCAGGAGGACAAGUGGUUCUCCAGCAAGUGCAGCAAGACGAAUCACGUCACGCCAUCCAUUGGCUUACCCUCACUCCCAUUCUACGGGCCCGCGAAAGUAGAUGGCAUACAGGACAUGGUUAUUGACGACACCCGGAAAGUUCUCUAUACGCUUUCGACCAAUGGCACUAUCAAAGUCUACUACAUGCGAGAUUCCAACAUUCUCGAGAGCGCCCUUACCCGCACACGAGACCAAAUCGAGACAAUGUGUGGCCAUAUUGUACGCUCAGCCGCCGCUCUGAGCAACAUGCGAGUUGUUAGCCUGACGCCCAUCACAAGCACAGAAGCGGACAAUAUGUCGUUGAUGGCAAUCACCUCGACUGGAUGCAGACUAUAUCUAAGCACGACCUCUGGUGGCCAAUGGAACUCUACCAACACGAGCGCUCCAAAUAGUAUGCAGUUGCGUCACAUCCGAUUCCCGCCACACCAAAAUCAAAAUACCUCGCAGCUCAGCAACUCGACACAGGUACAACCUUACCAAGGCAGUGCAGCAAUCGCCUUCGAUUCAACGUGGCUCACACAAACCAAGCUCGCAACCAGAUACGCACCCGGUGCUUUCUUUUCCUUUGUACUCCAGUCGCCCAAUGACCCGAAUCACCACAUGUUCGCUUCGGCUCCGCAUUCGGGACUGCUAGCGCAACGGGAAAGCUCGGAGCCUCCGCGCUACACUGAGACUGGCAUGUUUACACCGCUCAUAGGCAGAGUUCAAGACAUUGGCCUAGUCACAGCCCCCUUCUCCGCAAGAAACGAACCCCUCGGCUUUGGAAACGAGCUCUCCACCCAAUUCGACAUUCCGCUCUCCGAAUACGCAAUCAUUACAUCAAACGGCAUCGAAACGGUUCGACGGAGACGGCUGGUUGACAUCUUUGCCUCUAUUGUGAAAGUUCAUGGUCCAGACGGUGCUGAAGCUGAUGUUCGCAAGCUCGCAAAGCAGUACGGUCUAGCUGAGACCUCUGCUACCGCCCUAGCUGUUGCCUGUGGUCAAGGAUCGGAUGUUGGGCCCGACUCGCGAAUUGCGAAAGUAACCGACUCGGAGGUUAUCGAAUUUGCUCGAAAGGUCUUUAUCGAAUUUGGCGGAAAGGCCCAUUUGACGGAGAGUGCAACAGUAGAAGGUCUGAGUGUGGAAAAUGUUCGCGCAUCACCACGGCACGAUGGUAUUGCUAUGUACGUGUCACGCCUCGUUCGCUCAAUCUGGAAUACUCCCAUCAUCCAGGAGGUUGCCGAACCCACCGGUCCCGUCCUCACAUCGACACACGGCACUGCCAAGUUGCACGAAAUACAACGCUGUUUGGCCCAGCUCCACGAGUUUCUAGAGUCCAACAAGUCUUUCAUUGAGGGAUUGGCCGGCCCAGAAGCAUUGGGACGCGCGGCGUCGCGGCAAGAAGAGGUUGAGCUCCAAGGCGAGAACCGGGCACUCACCAGUUUGUUGCUCAUGAUCAAUAACAUUGUUGAGGGCAUAUCUUUUGUUCUCGUACUCUUCGAAGAGCGCUUGGAGGAUAUCCUGGCGCUGCUGCCAGAUCCUCAGCUACAAACGAGGGUCCGUCAGCUCACAUUUCAGGGUCUCUUUUCCGCCAAUGAGGGUAGGGAGAUUGCCAGGGAAUUGGUCAAGGCCAUUGUGAACCGUAACAUCACCAAGGGUUCCAAUGUCGAAUCAGUCGCCGAGGCCCUGCGGAGGAAGUGUGGCAGCUUCUGCAGUUCAGAUGAUGUUGUCAUUUUCAAGGCUCAGGAAAGCUUGAAGAAAGCAGCCGACCUCGGCGUAAAUGCCGAACGUGGGCGUAUUCUGCUCAAUGACAGUAUGAGGUUAUUUGAGCAGGUAGCCAAGAGUUUGAGCUAUGAAAACCUGUCCGAGACUGUGAACCAAUACAUUCAGCUCGAGUUCUAUGCUGGCGCUAUCAGACUUGCCCUCAAGGUUGCCCAUGAAUGGGAUCGGGGUAACAAGGCGCUUUCUUGGGUGCGGGACAACCGUGACCACAACGGCGAUCCAAACGAUGCCCGGCGUCAAUUCUACGACAAGCGCGCAUUUUGCUACACCUUAGUCUGCAAGGUCAUCGAGGCCGUCGACUAUGCUUACAACACCCAAGGACCUGUACCAGAUGGUGUCAUCUCCGCAGUCACCCGUCGCAAACACGAAGCGUAUGAGCAGAUUAACAAUUCAGAGGACGAGGUCUUCCAAAACUACCUUUAUGAUUGGUAUAUGGAGAAUGGCUGGUCCGAGCGAUUGUUGGAAAUCAACUCCCCCUUCGUCGUCGAGUACCUAAAACAGAGCUCGGAGACAAACUUGGCACAUGCGGACCUACUAUGGCGAUACUACGCUCACUACAACGACUACCUAAGUGCAGCGGAUACACAAUACCAACUCGCGAAGAGUACGUUACCGUUGACGCUGGAGAAGAGAAUAGAGUAUCUGUCUCGAGCCAAGGCCAAUGCCUCGACGCGCAUGACCGGUUUCGCGGAUGCCGGCGUACGUAACCGGCAAUCUCGACAGGAACUGCUACGAAACAUCAGUGAUCAUCUCGAUAUCGCCAACAUCCAAGACGAUGUGUUGCAGAGGAUUAGGGGUGACGAACGACUCAGUGGCCAGCGGAGAGACGAGGUCAUUGCCCACCUCAACGGUCAAAUCCAUUCUCUUGACGAGCUCUAUCACGACUACGCAGACCAAGCAGCAUAUUAUGACAUUUGUCUGCUUAUAUACCACGCCGCCGACUACCGCAGUGUACCCGAUAUUCGCUCGACAUGGACCAACCUCAUUGAUCAGACCCAUCGUAAAGCUCUAGCAGAUGGCCAAAGUGCACCUUGGGAGGCUGUUGCACUGAAAGUUGAGGACCUUGGUCACCGUACCAACCUAAACGACAACGUAUUCCCAGUGAACAUUGUCCUGCAACUCCUUCUCCAGUACGACUUGGAAUUCUACGUGCAUGAUGCGAAUGCGCCAAACACACAAAAUCUAGCCUUGAACUCCAACUUGACGUGGCCGAUCGACGUCUUCCUUAAGAUUAACGCGCCGUAUGAGAACUUGGUUGCGACCUUGGAAGCGUUGUGGUAUGCACAAGAACAGCCGUUUGCAGGCCGCAACCGUAAGCUGCUCGUCAAAUGGAUCGUUUACCUGGUGGAGCACUGGAGUAAAGCUAGUAGACGGACUGGUACACUCUUCGGUGGCCCUGAGAACGCCAUUGGCCUUGCUGAGGUGAUGCGCAUCAUCUUAGGCAGCGAAGUACUGGGGCGAGACAUGGAUGAUCAAUCAUGGAUCCAACGGGCGAGAGAGGUCAGCGCCACUGUUGAGGAAGCCGCGCGAUGAAGAGUUAUAUGAGAAGAGUGUCGUACUUGGUUAUGAAAGAUCUAUGUAAGAACGGUUGUGAUUUGGUUUAUCUUCUCUUUGCCAUUCAUCACAGCGCGAGGCGUUGAAUAGGUGCAUGAGUAUAGGGGGCUGGCUGGCGUCAAAAGCAUGGCAUGAAAUGUAAUCUUGUAGGACCUUU